AUGCUUAAAUUUUAGAAGAAAGCUUAACAUUAAGUUAAAACUUGCCUUAUGAAUGUAAUAAAUUCAUUAGAUUUCUUUGGAUAACCUCCUUUUUUUAGAAUUUUAAAAAAAUAAAAGUUUAAUACACUUUUAGGCCAUUUUCUGACUGUCAUUUUAAUUAUAGUUUGUGCUCUUUAUUUGUAUUUUCAAUUUUAAGAUUUACUCGAUCAAAGAAGCCCUAAUAUCAUAAUAUCUGAAACUUAGGGCUCAAAUACACCAGUAUCUAAUACUGCAUUAAAGAUAGGCUUUUUUGUUAAACUCCAAGAAUUUUACUUUUGCAAUUAGUGUAGUAGGGUCAACAUUAUCAUCUUUAACAACUUAUAAGAAACAUUUUGAUGUAGCUAUGACUGCUUGCAAUAGGACUCGCUUUUUUAAUGAAACCAAAUAAGCCACUGAUAUUUCAUUAAUGUAUAAAGAGUGAUAAUCAAUUAUUUUAUAGAUGCAGAGACAUACCAUUAGAAAGUUGUGAUUUAGAUACACACUUUCCAGAAUAGUAUUAGUAGUAAUAUUUUGGAAAAUUCGUUUUAAAAAAUAUGUUUUGUAUCAAGAAAACAGUUAGAGAAUAAAAUCCACCUGUAUUAAGUUAUUAUUAUAUUAGCAACUUUAAGGUUUUACAAAUGCAGAUACUUAUUAAUAUAUCACUAUAAAUCUAAAACCAUGUAAAAACAGUUCAACUUAUGAUGGUUGUAGCCCUGCUGAAGAAAUCUAAGCAGGACUAAAAAGUGGAUUUUUUGUAUUAUAUUUAGGAGAUACAUUAUUGAAAUUGGAUAAUCCAGGUAGACCAUAUGAAGAAAUUAUUACAGUUUAAUUUGCUUCAUUUUCAUCUAGUCUGUCUAAACAAAUAUUUUCAACUUUUAAAAUGAUUGAGACUAAAACUGAUGUUGGUUUAAUUUAAUAAGAUUAUAUUACAGAAUUCGGAUUAAUGUAAUCUUAAAUAAAAGAUUCUUCAGGACCUUUUAAUGAGCAUUCUUAUGUUGAAAAUACUCUAUAUAUGGAUUAGCGAAUUAAUAAUUAUAAGAGAUCUUAUAUUAAAAUAUAGAAUAUUCUUGGAAAUGUUGGAGGUCUUUGGUAAUUGGUAGCUUUAAUAAUAACAAUGAUAGUAAGUCCAAUAAUAGCUACAUUGAUGAAUCUUUAAUUAGCUAAUAGAAUAUUUAAUUUUGAAAAUGAAGGUGAAAAUAUUAAUGAAUAAAAUUCAAUGUCAAAAUCUAAUUAAAAUAUAAAUAGGAAUCUUGAGAUGAAUGAUCUUAUUGUUGAAUUAAAUAAGUAAGGGAAAACACCUUAAUAAUCAAAGAGAGAUUUAGAGAAGGUUUAAAAUAGAGGACAAUUAAAAUAAUACUUAAAAUAAAGAAAGAGAUAGUUAAAAGUAGGUUUAUGGGAUUUGAUAUGUAUGAGUAUAGGAUUCAAAAAGAAACAUAAAUAAUAGAUAGAGUAUGCAAUUGAAAAAAUUCUAUGUAAGUUAGAUGUUGUUAAUAUAUUGACUAAGAUAUAAGAAAUAGAUAAAUUGAAAUAUGUAAUAUUGAAUAAAGAGUAAUUAGAAUUAUUUAAUUAUAUUCCAAAACCAUUGAUUCCAAUUGAUAUGUUCUCAUAAGAUUUUGAAAAGAAGUUGAAUGUUUUAGAAGAUAAAGCAGAAUUCUAAUUUAUUUUAUAAGAAGAGAAAUCUGAUUUAAUUAAAAUAGAAUCAGCAUUCAAUGCAUAUAUGAAAUUAUCAGAAAAGAAAAGAUUAACUGAUACUGAUAAGAAUAUCCUAGAAUUAGUUGGUGAUGAUAUGGUUGCUAUAUUUGAUAAAAUUAAUAAAAAUUAAGAUGAAUUUUUAUUAUAAAGUAACCGAUAUAUGCAUUCAAAUUUAAAUUUACUUGAAUAGAAUUAAAUUGAAAUCAUAUCACCAAUAAGUAGUAAAAGUGAAAAUGAUUAAUUUAAUCAAAAUAGCCAUAAUUAAUUUAAUUAGAGUAAUAAUAAUAUUGAAAAUGAGAAUUGUGUAUGUAUUGAAGAUAAAGAAGACCAAGUAGCAUAGAUUCCACCAAAAAUACCGUAAAAAUAAUGA